CCCCUCUCUCUCAGUCACCGCCAAAUUUCUCGCCGUCUUUCCCGCCAAAUUUCUCGCCGAGGCAUGCCGCCGACCUCCACCGUCCCCACUCUCACGCCGGUCACCAUAUCCUACUCGGAGCUCCGAGAUAAAGAGACGGACUUAUCGAGUAAGAUAGAACAAGGAUUUGGGCCCAGCGGGUUAGGGAUUCUCUCCGUCACUGAUGUUCCAGGAUUCUCAUCAUUGCGCCGAAAUCUUCUACGCCUGUCACCUAGGUUGGCCAAUCUUCCUGAAGAGGUGAAGAAGGAACUCGAAGAUCCGCAUAGUAGGUAUAAUUUUGGGUGGAGUCAUGGAAAGGAGAAGUUGGAAUCUGGAAAGCCAGAUAUGUUGAAAGGCUCUUUCUAUGCAAAUCCCAUAUUGGAUAAACCAACAACAGAUGAGGCUCUAAUUCAGAGGUACCCUUCAUAUUGUGGAUCAAACAUAUGGCCUAAACAUGAGUUGCCAGAACUUGAAGUGGCCUUCAAAGCUCUGGGAAAGUUGAUCCUUGACGUUGGGCUUAUGGUGGCAUUUCACUGUGAUAGAUAUGUAUCAAAAGCAAUCAAAUUGCAUGAGGAUGAAAGCCUUGAACAAGUAAUUUUUCGUUCUCGAUGUCAUAAAGGGCGCCUGCUUUACUAUUUUCCCACAAAAGAGAGCAUUUCUACUGAAGAUAACGAAAACAUGUCUUCUUGGUGUGGAUGGCAUACAGACCAUGGUUCAUUGACAGGCUUGACCUGUGCCAUAUUCACGAGAGAUGCUGUUGAAAUACCAUGCCCUGAUAGUGGUGCUGGCCUUUAUAUUAGGACAAGAACUGAUCAGAUUGUCAAAGUUGUCUUUGGAGAAGAUGAAGUAGCAUAUCAAAUUGGUGAAACCACAGAAAUUAUGUCCAGAGGUUACCUUUGUGCAACACCUCAUUGUGUCCGGGCACCCAAGGGAGAGGAAGCUUCUGGUCUUGACCGUUCAACAUUCGCUUUCUUUAUGCAACCUGACUGGGAUGAGAAGCUAAAUUUUCCUGACGAAGUUCAUAUUCAUAAAGAGAUGAUACCACCAAAUGGUUCUCUUACAUUUGGAGAGUACACAGAGAAGCUCCUCGACAAAUAUUACCACCUCAAGACCUAAUCUCUCUGCAAAAUCCGCCGAAGAAUGCUUACCACAAGUCCACAAUACUUAGUAAACCAAGUAAGGAUUCAUCAUGACCGUGUACAGUUGCAUUAUUAGUUUCUGUUGGGAUUGCUAGUUCUACUUUCAAUAUCUUGCUCAGUGAGAACUCUCAGGCUUGUGUUUAUAAUAAUGUCUAUAAUUCAGUA